AUGGGAGUGCGCCCUUGUGACAUCUCACGACAACUACUGGUCUCGCAUGGCUGCGUUUCGAAAAUCUUGACCCGUUUCUACGAGACGGGCUCCAUCAAACCCGGGUCCAUUGGAGGAAGUAAGCCUAAGCAAGUUGCGACACCUCAUGUUGUUCGAAAGAUACUGCGAUAUAAACAGGAGAAUCCAUCAAUCUUUGCGUGGGAAAUACGCGACUUGUUACGAAGCCAAAGAGUCUGUGAUGAGCAAUCCAUUCCGAGUGUCUCUUCUAUCAACCGGAUUCUCAGGAACAGUGGCCACGUGGUCUUGGAGGACACUGUACCGACAAAUGGAAGCUCUUCCUCAAGCUUAAGUCCAGUCUCGAACUGCUACCCCACCCCUUACCUGCUCCCAGAAUCUCCUCUGCUGUCCAACGCAUCCACAACUAUCACAACCACUCUCAGCAGGCGAGUGGGCAACGAACUUCUAAGGAGCAGCAGCAAUGGAUCCGAAUCUUCGAAACCCGGUCCAUCGAGAGCGGUGGCCAGAUCUUCCACCAGCAUCUCCAUCAUUGACAAAACGAGUUCCUCACAGACGGAGACCAAAAGCUCCGGUGGUUACUCGAUAGAAGAACUGCUGAAACCAACGAGGGGGAAGAUGAAGAGGAAGGAAUCGGAGUCUGAUGAUGAUUAUGAUUCAGAGACAAAAACAACAAAUAAUCAACCAGUAACGAAAUCGGCCAGACUUCAAAUUCCAGAAGUGCUUUCAGGGGAUCUGAACUCUACUCUCCUAUCUAGGCCCUAUCUUCUCAACGCUGGUAGCUCUCCACUCCACUGCUGGGCUCCGAAUAACGGCGGAUCUGGACUCUCAGCUUUUUCUCUUCCCCGCUUUGUACCUGGUGUCAUGACCUUUCCUUGCCCAUACUUCCCGACUCCAGCUUUGCCACAUACGCCGAGCCUAUACUCCUCUGUCUACAGCGUUAGAAAAGAUUUCGCUCAUAAAUAG